GGGUCAGAGGUCACGGGCCAGCUGUUCCUGGACGCCUGCGUCUUAUUCACUCGUCCUCCUCCUCCUCUGUCGGCACAAACAUGACUCACCUUCCCGAACCAUCGGAGGUGUUCGAGCCCGAUGUGUCCCGCUUCCGCGUGCAGCGCCGCUCGUGGGAUGAGCUCCGGGAGGUGGUGCGUGCCAGCCGCAAGCAGCAGAGCCUGAUGGCCUGCAAGGCCCCGCACGAGUUCCAGUUCGUACGUUACGGCGAUGAGGCCGACCCUCAGCGAUCCCACCGCGUCUACUUCCUCGGUAUGCCAACAGGAAGCAGAGAGAGCACUCUGUUCUAUACUGAGGUUCCAAGGCAGCUUCAGAAUGAAGGACAUACAUUCUUGUCAUGGACACAAAUGUUGGAUCAGUUUCAGUCAGCAGUACAACUUGGCACAUUCUCACGGGAAGAAGAACUUCUUCGUGAGCGGAAGAGGAUGGGCACUUUCGGGAUCACAUCUUACGAUUACCACAGGGACAGCGGAACAUUUCUUUUCCAGGCUGGUGGAAGCAUCUUCUACUGCAAGGAUGGUGUCAACAACCAGUUCACCACAUCACAGCUGAUGCCAAAAGAGGUGCAGACAAGCUGUACUGGUAGCCGCAUGGAUCCCAAAAUCUUCCCUCCAGAUCCAUCCAUCGUCACCUUUAUCCACAGUGGUGACCUCUGGGCAGCAAGUUUGAAGAGUGGGGAAGAGUGCAGGCUCACCUUUGCUCACAAAGGUGUGGGUGGAGUGGCUGAAGACUGCAAAACAGCUGGUGUGGCCACGUUUGUGAUUCAAGAGGAGUUUGACAGAUACACCGGCUACUGGUGCUGUCCUGUGGCACAAGCAGGUGCUGGUGACAGCAACAUUCUGCAGAUUUUGUAUGAAGAGGUGGACGAGAGCGAGGUGGAGGUCAUUCACGUGCCAGCUGCCGCAUUGCAGCAGCGCAAAGCAGACUGCUUCCGCUACCCCCGUGCCGGGAGUAAAAACCCUCUCGUUUCACUUAAGAUAUGUGAAUUCACAGUGGACAAAGAAGGCAGGAUCACAGACGUGGUUGACAAGGAGUUGCUGAUGUCACUUGAUGUGCUUUUCCCUGGCACGGAAUACAUCACGCGAGCAGGCUGGACUCGAGAUGGACAGUAUGUGUGGGCCCAGCUGCUAGACCGUCCCCAGCAGAGGCUGCAGCUGGUGCUGCUCCCGUCCACGCUGUUUGUGCGUUCCCCAUCUACAGGUGGAAAGUGGGAUGAGAUCGCUCGAGCCACCCCGGGCAGCCUCACUCCCUACCUCAUCUACCAGGAGGAGACUGACAUCUGGAUAAAUGUCACCGACAUCUUCCAUCCACUUCCUCAAGAGAAAGAGAAUGAAUUUACUUUCAUCUGGGCAAAUGAGACCAAAACCGGGUUUCGCCACCUGCAUCGAGUCACAGCGCUUCUACAGCAGAACAGCUGCAAAAGCUCUGAGGAGUCGGCCCCAAACCCUGCUGAUUUUUUGUGCCCCCUGAAAGAAGAAAUUGUCUUGACCCAAGGUGACUGGGAGGUGCUUGGUCAGCAAGGAUUCAAAGUGUGGGUGGACGAGGCGCAGGGCGUGGUGUUCUUUCAGAGCACACUUGAUUCACCGCUGGAGCAUCACCUGUACGUGGUGAGCUACGUGAGUCCGGGGGAGGUGCGGAGACUCACCCAGCCAGGCUUCUCGCAUAUCUGCUCACUAAGUCCGGACUUUGACUUGUUCGUGACGCAGUGCAGCAGUGUGGCUCGGCCGCCAGCCGUGCAUCUCUUCCCCCUGUCAAGCUCGGGUUCAGGAGCCUCCUCCCACAUCGCGCCUGGACCCUGGGGCAGCCUCAUGGAGCCACCUGAGAACAUGCAGGAGUACAAACCACCGGUGAUAUUCAACUUCAAGAGCGAGUCCGGCCCCACGCUCUUCGGCAUGCUCUACCACCCGCACAACCUGAAGCCAGGCCAAAAAUACCCCACCGUCGUCUUUGUGUAUGGGGGACCCCACGUGCAGCUGGUGAGCAGCUCUUUCAAGGGCACCAAGUUCAUGCGGCUCAACACGCUGGCGUCGCUGGGCUACACCGUGGUCGUCAUCGACAAUCGCGGCUCCUCCAACCGAGGGCUACAGUUCGAGGGCGUUCUCAAGCGCCGAAUGGGCGAUGUGGAAGUCGCUGACCAGGUGCAAGGGCUGCAGUGGCUGGCCGAGAGGCACAACUUUAUCGACCUGACGCGUGUCGCCAUCCACGGCUGGUCCUACGGAGGGUACCUCUCCCUCAUGGGACUCGCACUGCGCCCGGACAUCUUCAAGGUGGCGAUAGCGGGCGCGCCGGUGACCGUGUGGAUGGCGUACGACACCGCCUACACGGAGCGCUACCUCGGCACCCCCGACGAGAACAUGUCCGGCUAUGAGAGCAGCUCCGUGGCCUACCACGUGGACAAGCUGCCCAGGGAGCCAAACCGGCUGCUUAUCCUGCAUGGUUUCUUGGAUGAAAACGUUCACUUCUUCCACACGAGCAUGCUGGUGUCUCAGCUGGUGCGCAUGGGCAAGCCCUAUCAGCUGCAGAUCUACCCCAACGAGAGGCAUAGCAUCCGUUCAGCCGAGUCUGCCGAGCAUUACGAAGCCACUCUCCUCCACUUCCUGCAGGAGCAUUUGUGACCGGGAAGUUUUAAGAGUGUCCGGCUGGUUCACAUGUGAAGGUAUUAACGCGCUUGCUUUUGAUACUCGCUGCACUGGUUUACCCGCAGUCCUUUCUGUCGGCAAUCAGUGUUUUACAGAAUGGUAUUUUUAAUCCGUUUAACGCUAUGAACUUUACGUGCUCCGCCAAACCCUGCUGGCUUUUAAAUGUCUCCUCUCGACAGCUGUGAUUGCUGAGGACCUAACAGGGAGCGGUGAGAGAAAGGACUUAACGCCACGGCUGCUUUUGUGUCAAUCGCUCGGCAUGAAUGCACAGUUUAUUACAAUUCUUUUGUAAGAAGCAGUAAAGUAUAAGAACUAUUGAUUCUCAUUAGAUAAAAAAGAUCAACUGUUGGAUGUGUGCCUUUCAUUUGCUUUUUGACGAGGGUGUUGUUAAUGGCUGCUAUCAAACAAAUCACUUGAUGGUCACUUUAGCUUGCAAGUCACCGGUUACAUUUUGCGAAUCUGCCUACUGUGCAUUAAAAUAUUAGCAAAUUUAAUCAUGAAGAAUAUUGUUUCAAAUAAAAAAAAACACGA